CACACACUUAUACACAACAUCCCAGCUUCACCAUGCCGGCUGAUUACAAUGGGACAUGGGAGAUGGUCACCAAUGACAACUUUGAGGAUUACAUGAAGGCUUUGGAUAUUGACUUUGCCACUCGUAAGAUUGCAGUGCACCUCAAACAGACUAAGGUCAUUGUGCAGAAUGGAGACAAAUUUGAGACCAAAACGCUCAGCACCUUUAGAAACUAUGAGGUCAACUUCACUAUGGGGCAGGAGUUUGAGGAGCUCACCAAAGGUCUGGACAACAGAGUGGUUAAGACCUUGGUGACAUGGGAUGGUGAUAAAAUGGUGUGUGUGCAGUCUGGAGAGAAAGAGAACCGAGGCUGGAAGCAAUGGAUUGAAGGAGAUCUGCUACACCUGGAGAUUCAUUGUCAGGACAAAGUCUGCCAUCAAGUUUUCAAGAAGAAAAUGUAAUGCUCCCUAAAUAAGCACAUGUUCAUUCCUUGGUUUGACAUUGUGCUGUUUAUAUUUAGUAAAGCAAUUUUAAUAAACAGCUUCAACCAAACAAAUUCAUUUUGACUUGUGCACCAUUUGGGAGGAUUUUAAAGCAGAAUUACAAUGCUCAAUAGAUGGAUUGUUUUAUAUGCACAGCACUCAAUAACCCUCAGCACAAAUAUUUUUUAAGAAUUAUAAUUUAAUUAGGUGAGAAAUCAAACCUCACUAUACAAAUUUCUAUCAUGUGUCAUGAAGUGUGUUUGUGUGUUUAACCUUUCUUGCACUAUAUGCCUGUAAAAGUGACACUUCAAAUUAUCUUUGACCAUAGAAAGAACCAUUUUCACA